AUUUGACAAUGCCAAAGACACGAAGAUGGCUCGAGGUAAAAUUGCUCAUCGAAUGUUACGUGUAGUACCUUUUGUCAAUAGGAUUGGAGAAUUGAAGUUGAGGCACGAAUGCUGGCUUGAGUUAUCAAAUCUAGCUUUCAAGCGGAUAAAGGAUCACAAGGAAACUCCUGAAAUACUCAAAUCGAUUUCGGACAUUGUCCUUCAAGCUACAUCUAGUGGAAUAUUUGAAAUUGUAAAGUUAUGUCUUAAGCAAUAUCCGGAAUUGAUGUGGGAUGAAGAAUUCGCAAUACAACUGGUUAAAAAGGUUGUGAGGGCACGGCAUGUUGAGUUGUAUAGACUAUUGAAUGCAUACGACACAAUUCCAAGAUUGCGUCACAACUUGAUGUCUGAAGUAGUAGAAUGGACACCAGGAAACGUACCGGCUGAUGUUUCUGGGUCAGCUUUUCUUAUGCAAAGGGAACUUCAAUGGUUUCAGGUACUGGAAGAUAGGAGCAGUCCUUUACUUCAAAGUACAACAUUUAAGGUGAUGAAAGAUGAGAGCGAUCCUUCUUCUAGUAGUCUUGAAUUGGAACCAGUGGAAAAAGGGAGAGGGAAAACGUGCUGGGAAUUAUUUUUAGAACAGCGCAAGGAUUUGCUCCAAGAGGCAGAACAAUGGAUGAAUGAUACAUCAACAUCUUGUAGCCUUGUAGCAACUCUCAUCACUACAGUAGCUUUUGCUGCGGCUUUUACUGUACCUGGAGGCAACGACAAUAUAGGGAUCCCGAUCUUUUUGAAGAAGACCUCAUUCAUGGUAUUCGCGAUUGCGGACGCUCUAGCUCUCUUCUCCUCUAUCACCGCCACUUUGAUGUUCUUGGCCAUCCUAACUUCGCGCUAUGCUGCAAAAGAUUUCCUCCACUCCCUACCAAGAAAAAUGAUAUUGGGCCUCACCUUUCUCUUUCUCUCUUCGGCCUUUAUGCUCGUGGCUUUUGGCUCUGCUCUUACGACUGUCCUAAGCGGAAGAUGGGAGUGGAUUUACAUCCCCAUUACUUUGUUGGCUGCCAUCCCUGUCAUAUUGUUCGUAAUCCUACAGCUUCCCUUAUAUGUUGAAAUGGUUGAAUCCACCUAUCGGCCUCGCCUCUAUCAUCCCAUGAAGAUUUGGAAAUGAUUUCUGCUAUUAUUAUGGAACAAGGACAUUCGUGAUGUGAUCUUUGUUUGCACUUGUUAUUAUGUGUGAAAUGCAGAUA